CUAGGAUCGUGGGAGUACAAACAUGGUCUCCCCGCUCUGUUCUGAGCGAUCACACUGAGGCUGCGCGCUGGGGGUAGAAACAUGGCGGCUGGUGGUUACCAUGACGGCGGCCUGGUGUUCUUUCCAGACGUGUGGCAGUAACGGCCCGGGCUGAGAGGAUGUCUCUUGCAGGUGAGGAGGAACACACGCUCCCGGCUCAUUAUGUCCCCCAGCCGUUGACGCCGGCCCCAUAUCAGGCAGAAGCGCACCCACUACUGGACAUCUCCCUGACACCGGAGAAAGGUGGCGGAAUCCUGCGCAGGGAGACUGCAGAACGCAGAAAGGGGCAGCGGCAGGUGCGCUUUGAUGUAGGUGACGGGGGAUCCGGCCGACCACUGGCAGCCCCUCGAGUUCACAGCAGUGCAGCGCUGAGAAGUGAGGUGCGGCGGGAGGCUCAGCAGGAGUUCGACCCAGAAAUGGCUGUGCGGACUGAGCUGCUGCGAUCGUUUACUGUGAGACGCGGUGUGGAGAGCGAGGCGGCCAAAGCGCUCAAUGUGUGCCGGGUGCACAACCUGUAUCGGGGUCUUGUGAGUGUGGAGCCCCCGGCUGAGCAGAUGCAGAGGCUUACAGCGCGGCAGAGGCGGCCUGAGCACAGAGAGGUGCCGCACAUAGAGGGACCUGAUGUCUUCGCUUUCUCAGAUCCUUGUGAAAGAUACACAGAGACCCCCCACCUGAAAGUAGAAGGACUGCCGCCCCUCCCCCUCCGGCCACGAUCCCGGCCCGCUCAUACUGUGUUUGACAUGUUCCAUAAGCUGGGACAGUGGGCGUCCUAGUGACUCCGAAACCAGGAGCGGGGGAGGGGAAUCUGUACAGGACACAAUAAAUAAAGAUAUUUAUAACCUCCGA